AUUUAACAACAUAUGAUCCUAUAACAUGUGAUUUGUUUAAUUUUUAAUUGAUUUUAAUUUGUCACUGUUAAAAAAUAAAUUUAAGAAGUAUUUCUAAUGAUAUUCCAAAUGUUGUUGUUGUUAUUACCUUCCUUAUCUCUAGCUGAAAAACGUUGUAACUUGAUACGCAAACCUCUGAGUUGUAAAAAUGUGGUCAAAAUACUUAAUUACCACAAUGAAAUGAGAAACUUGGUGGCUUCAGGAGAAACAAACUUGAAACCAGCAAAGGACAUGUGGGUUCUCAAAUGGGAUAAAGAAUUGGCUGAUGAGGCACAGAAAUGGGCAAAUGAAUGCAAAUUUACGAUAAACGACAAUAAAGCAUAUCAAUAUGGAGAAAACCUGGCUUCAUAUACCACUGCCAAAAAACCGAAAGUUGAUGUGGAACACUUGGUCCGGAUAUGGUUUGAUGAAAUAAAAAACUAUAAUCCAGAGGCGCCAGUUGACCAAUACAAUGCAGGAUACUUCACUCAAUUCAUCUGGGCUAAUACAAAAUUUAUUGGCUGUGGAAUUUCUUCAUAUAGAGAUGAAAGAAAUAAAGUAUCACCUUAUAAAACCAUGCUGAUCUGCAACUACAAACCACCUGGCAACCAUCCUGAUGAAAAGCCUUACGAGCCUUUUGACAGGAUUAGGUGUGAAAGAGGGACAGAAUCUAAAGUGUACACAGCCCUAUGCGGAUAAUAGGUAGCUAAGACAGAUCCUUCUAGACUUUCCUAUUAACUACAGAGCUGCUUAUAAUUUUAAAAAUUUGGAUGGUCUCAAGAUCCUGAGAUAAAAAAAAAAAUGGAAUAAACUUAAAAUAUAAUUAUAAGCACUUUUACAUAUAUAAUUGAAACAGAAAUGAAAGGAUGCAGAAUUCAGAGAAGAUAGAAUAGAAUUUACAGACAUCCAUCUCUUGAUAAUCAUAUCAAAAAGUAAUGCUGAAGAGUGAAUAGAAGACUCGAUAAAGUUAAGAACGCAUGCAAUAAAAAGGACAUUGAUUCAAUAUAAGAAAAUGGAUUGGUUUCUGGAAAUUAAGAAGCAUUAUCAACCAGUCAAUUCAUGCAAUAUCAACUAAACUUUAAUACCAUAUGGCAAUACUCUUUAAAUAA